AGUCGGCAGGGUUUGUUAGACUAAUGCCUUCCGGCUGGGUCUAUAAUUGGGCACUUAGGGCGGGAAAAAAACGCCAACAUACAGUGAAACAGCACAUGAUCUCCGUUGAAAAUGAAAUGUGAAAAAAACUCCUUCUCUUCAACCUCGCGCACGGCGGUCAUCGUUCCUCAACAAUAUGAUGAGAGGGAAUAAAUGUGUACUGUUGCGGAAAGAUGACCGCCAUGCGCGAGGUUGAAGGGAGGGCGUCGUGAAGCAAUUUUCUCAAUAAAGUGUAAGCUUCAACAAGAACAGAGUUAUUUGAGUAAAAUAGAAAUUUGUAAGCAAGAAGUGCUGCUUCAAGAACGCGAACCACAACUCAAGAUCACCCCUAAUCAUUUCUUUGUGGAUGCGAUCACUAUAAUUGCGAAUCUCAAUAAAAAAGAUGAGGCGUCUUCAAACGUGCUAGCAUGACACUGGUGGACGGGUGCUAGCAUGGCAUUUGUCGAGUGGCCUCUGGCUUCGGAGCGGCGGCCGAAAACGCGGACGUCACGAGCGCGGAAGAAGGUGCUUACUCGAGCAGCUGCCUUUUGCUUUUUGUAUAAUUAAGGCUCAGCUUUCAAUGGUCAUUGGGGUUGGUCACUGAGAUCCCUCUUGAGGAAAGAUGGGGGGAAAAUGAAGGAAAAGCAAAGGGAGAGGCAUGGGGCCCAUUUCUUUCAGAGUCAGUGACCACUGAAUGCUGAGCUUUAAUAUAAGAACGAAAGUGAAGUAUCCUUUGUAUUGCAGGAAUAUCAUUUGGACAACCUUCGAGUCCUCACAAAUCUACACGUAUAAGAAUUCAAGUUAUUGGCCUGAUGCUGUCACCAUCCCGGAUGCGUGCCAUACAUCACUUAACUGAAUAUCAUUUCAUCAGCAUUUUUUAUGAAGUAGAGAUGCUCUUAUUUCAGGUGAGAUGCUCUGACAUCCUGUCCUAUCCUAUCCAAUCAGAGAACAGGUCUCCUCCUCCUCCUCCCGCACUACUGCGUCCACGACCACGACCAGGACAACCGGACUCUCAGAUAUUAGCAAAAUUAGUAGUAGUCUUUCGCAGAAUCUGUCCUCGACAAGCCUGACAUCUUCCAUCUUAGAUGAUGACGCACGGAGGUCUCUGCAGCCAUUUCAAACGUCAGUUCUGACACAGGUUGAUGAGACGGUGUCGGGAGGAGCAGCUAGUAUUACUAAGGAUAGCAUUAUAGAGGGAGUCCUCGUGCGUGAAAGCAAUGCUCCUGUAGAUGGGAUUGGGAGUAGAACACAACAACUACAUGAUUCAGAUUUGCCUAUAGACGCCAAUAGCGGGGGUGGAGAUGCCAGUGGUACUGACCACAGCAGGAACGUAUCAACGUGUGCGAAUGUGGUCGUGGAAGCUGUACUAGUAGAGAGUGGUCGUGGUUCGUCGGGUUCAACACAUACUGGUGUGGAGGAAGCGGCCUCGAACGUGUCUCCAGAGAGGUUUAAUGCUACUACUACACAACAAGCAGAAGUAGAUGGUAGCUCCUCUAGGAAGAUUACUUCUACUUCAUUCAAAUUCCAAAAAAAGGAAGAGCCUCUCCAGAGUCAAACAGGACAGAAGCAAACUAGUUCAAGUUCCUCAGAGCAGAUACGUGGAAGUCCUUCGACGCGAGGAUUGGAUCCUGUUGUAGAGGCCACAGGUGUUUCCAGCUCGAAUAGUUCUACAAAUCACCUCGUCGUGAGACAACAACGGAGUGCAUCCCUGGAGAAACGCGUCACUGAUCAGCAACCAGAACCCGAAGACGACGAGGAUGACUGUGGUACAAGUGUUGGUAUGCCUGCCUCUGCAUCACCGCUUUCGAUAGGCGAGGAUAUUUGUCUUCAGGAGUCAUUGCUCGAUGAAGACCUCGUGUCGUCGUUGUUUUUAUGGCCCUGGUCUACACGGAAGCAAAAGAAUCGUUAACGUCAGAAGAGAUUCAGGGAAGUCGUAGGUCCCGUCCGAAUCGACUAACAUCAUCAUAGCGUCAACAUUUAGAAUGCUAGCGUGCAGCUUGUUUCUACAGACUGUGACGUCAACAUUUAGAAUGCUAGCGUGCAGCUUGUUUCUACAGACUGAAAUACAUUCCUCUCCACGAUCAUCUUGACUCUGCCCUCUUCCACGCAGCUAGACUUGUCUCGUCUAAGCUUCCAAGCUGUCGGCAAACUGGACUCUACGGUGUUGACACUAGGCGGCGAAGACUCUGCCUCACCGAAGAUCGUUGAUAUCACGGAGGCAGAAGAGAUAUCACUACAGCGGGGCCGCAACUUCGACGAUUUUUCAUCGACUUUUGUCAUGGACUGCUCUUCAGAUUUUGCUUUCAUCGUGGACAACACAAGGGACCGUUGUGACAUUACGGGUGUUACCUCUGCGCCAGGCUGUGCUGGGAGUAGUACUGGCAGUAGUACUAGCAGUAGUUCUAGUACUACAUCAGCUAAGGAUGAACAGCAUCAUGUUGAUGGACAUCAUGUUUCUUGGAGUAGUCCUUUAUAUCCAAGUGAUUUCGCGUCACGUCCUUCAGUAGCAGUGAAUUACAAGGCAAGAGGAGGAGCAGGAGGAAGAGGAAGACCUCCAAGUGAGCUUUGUAUUAGCAGGACGAGUGUAGAAGAAGUGCUUAUCGGCGAUGGAGGAAGUAAUGCUGCGGGGACGAUGUUCGGAGGGGGGAACGAUGUUCGGGCCUCUUCGGAUAUGAGAAGUGACGGCCUCUUCGGAUAUGAUUACUCUACUGCGCAAAUGGAGGCUGCUCGUAGUUCAAGUUCGUCAUUCGGAGUUCAAGUUCAUCCUGGUGUUCAAGUUCGUAAUGCGAAAAGCCGACCCUGGUAUCUUCCCAGUACACAUUUAGAGUGGUUGGCGGAGAAGGCUCACGCGCUUGCCGCUGAGAGGUCGAGAAUGACGGGAAGGGGACCGGGAGAAGGCAGUGGUAGAGCGCUCGAGUACCAUCUACGACAGCAAAAUGAAUCUGAUUAUGACUAUGGGGAAGCAGAUAAAGAGGGAGGAGGACAAGAGGUCUCACAGGGAUCGCCUCAGAAACGAAGAGGUAGAACUUCUGCAGAGCGGCGAGGUCGAGAGGAACAUACGGUGGGCAGUGAACGACAGAGUAGUACAGCACUUGAGUGUUCCAGUAAAUCUACAACUGAGGUGGAGACGGGAUGGAUGGGGGGGCUUUUAAUGCGUAUUCUUCACCUGCGUUAUCUGCAGACGCGAUAUUUAGCUAGGACAAGGCCCACGACGGUUUCGUAUUUGUGAUUCGCGUAAGAAAAAGACUGCGAACAGAUAUUCUGCCAGCACUAGUACCACGACCGGUAUCAAGGGUGGAUAUUAAUUACGAUCAUGUUGGGGUUGUUUCGUCUCAUGUGGAACUUUUUGACUAUCUAAGGUUUACCCGCUUAUUACGAUCAUGUUGAUCAUCUUGUAUUCUCGAUAAAUAUUCUCAUGCCCAUUACAGCAAGGAAGAGACAUAGUCUGCAGUUCAGAGUAAGUACUCUGUCACAUUAAAUCAAGAGCUUGUGCUCUCUCUCUCUCUCUGUGGUACCCUUGCUAGAAUUUCCCUUUCUUCUUUUUCACGUGAUUGUAUCAUGAUGUAUUAUAGCUUAUCUUAAUAGUCUAUAACCGAAUCGGAGGAAAGGUCGGUACGGGUAACGACUACAAAGAGGCUGAUGAAGUACUAGCAAGCACUUCUUCUACUUGCUUCUUACCAUAACGCAUUUUCCGAGUCAUGUAGUAGCGAGCUACAUACCACUUCCAACAAUCUGUUUCAACCAACCAAUAAAAGAAUUUUCAUCUUUUCCAAUCACAUGUCUUCGUAAGGAGACAUCUUUUGCUAUUUUGGACAAAGCUGAGCUUUUCGUUGUGUUUUUUGAGGUGGAACUACUGCAGUAUUUUAGACGGCUCCUACGCGUCUUCUUUUGUCCCAGUUUCCAUGAGGUAGUAGAGGACUCGGCUACUCAAAUAUAGAUGGACACUCUCACUCACAUGGGUUAGUUAUGAGACAACGAAAGACGUUAGUAAACGUUUCCAACGGCGCGUCCUCC